AUGUGUAAGGAUAGACGAGCUUUGGGCGGAGUUCCGGUCACGUGGGAGAUGUUUAAGACAGCCAUCCUUGAGAGAUUUUUCCCCAGGGAUAUGAGAGAGACCAAGGUUGAGGAGUUUAUCAACCUUAAACAAGGAUCGAUGAAAGUCAGGGAGUAUUACUUGAAGUUUGUUAAAUUAUUCAGAUAUGCCACUUCUCUUGUGUCUAACAACACAGACGAGAUGAGUAGAUUCUUGACAGGGCAUUCUAAGGAUCUCGAUGAGGAGUGUAGGGAAGCAAUGCGGCAUGAUAGCAUGGACCUUUCCAGGAUUAUGGUCCAUGUCCAGCAAGUGGAGGAAAGCAGGAAAAGGAAGCACACUAGAGCAGGGAACAGGUCAAGGCAAGCUGAGGAGAAUUUUUCAAGGAGGAGUACUACUGAAAUCAAGGAUAAGCCCAAGUUUAAGAAGGGACUCUCCCACCAAGGGGAGUAA